AUGAGCACUGCUGUUCCUCCAACUUCAGUGGGGAGCACGCAGCCACCCACCGCUCUAGUGAGCAGUACCCCUGUAAGCACUUCUCCCGACAUCACUACACCCUCUACACGUCCUGGUGACACCAGCACACCGCUGGGAACUGCCACUGAAGCCAGCCCUUCAACAACUGUGGAAGUAAGGAGCACUGCUGUUCCUGCAACGACAGUAGGGAGCACACUGUCACCUACUGCUCCAGUGAGCAGCAGCCCAGGAACUACCUCUGCUGAGGGGAGCACACCCACCACCACCCCUGUGGAAACCAGCACACCUGUUCCGACAUCCACGGACGCCAGCUCUUCUCCUUCAACUGCGGAAGGCCCUUCCAGCCCCUUUACUCCAACGACAGAAGGAAGCACUCCACCAGCCACGACUGUGGCCAGUACCACCUGGUUCGCCACUGCCGCGGACAUCAGCACACCAUCCAGCACUGCUGGUGACACCAGCACGCCCGUGGGAUCCACUGCGGAGGCUGGCACCUCUCCAGCUGUGGAAGUAAGCAGCACUAGGUUUCCUCCAACCACAGAAGGGAGCACACUGUCAUCCACUGCUGUCGUCAGCGGCACCCCAGGAAGCCCUUCCACUGAGGUGAGCUCACCCUCGGCCACUCCUGUUGAGACUACCACGCCUGUGCGGACCUCCACUGAGGCCAGCUCCUCUCCUUCAACUGUGGAAGAGCUCAGCACACCAUCCAGCACUCCUGCUGACACCACCACACCCGUGGCAACCAGUACGGAGGCUGACACAUCUACAGCUGUGGAAGUAAGCAGCACCCCUGUUCCUCCAACAACAGAAGAGAGCACACCAUCAUCCACCAGUGGAGCCAGCACCACGUCGCUCAGCAGCACCACACAAGUUAUCCCACCUUCGAGCACUCUGGGUGAUGCCACCACACCUGUGGGAACUACGCUUCCAGCUAGCACAUCUGCAAGUGUGGAAGUAGCAAGCACCACUGUUCCUCCAGCAACAGCGGGGAUCACACUGACAUCUACCGCUCUUGUCAGCAGCAGCCCAGUGAGUAGCCCUGCUGGGGUGACCACACCCUCAGCCACUGCUGUUGGUACCAGCACAGCAGUGUGGACCUCCACUCAGGCCAGCUCCUUUCCGACGUCUGGGGAAGCCACUACCGGUCUGCUUACUCCAACGACAGAAGGAAGCACCCUAUCAUCCACUGCUCUAGUCAGCACACCCUCUUUGACCACUUCCCCAGAGACCCUCACACCCUCCUUCCCUCCUCCGGAUACCACCACGCCUGUGGGAAGCAGUACUGAAGCUAGCACAUCUACCGAGGUGCAAGUAAGCAGCACCCCUGUUCCUGCAACAACAGAAGAGAGCACACCAUCACCCAGUACUGCAGCCGGAACCACCUCGCAGAGCAGCACCACACAAGUUAUCCCACCAUCCAGCCCUCCGCUUGACACGACCACACCUGCGGCAACUACUCUUGGAGCUAGCACAUCUACCACUGUGCAAGCAGCAAGUACGACUCCUCCAGCAGCAACAGAAGUGAGCACACUGCCAUCCACCACCCUACUCGGCAGCACCCCUGUGAGCACUUCUGCUCAGAUGACUACACCCUCCACAAGUCCUGGUGACACCACCACACCUGUGGGAACCGCUACUGAAGCUGGCACAUCUACAAGUGUGCAAGUGAUGAGCACUGCUGUUCCUCCAACUUCAGUGGGGAGCACGCAGCCACCCACCGCUCUAGUGAGCAGUACCCCUGUAAGCACUUCUCCCGACAUCACUACACCCUCUACACGUCCUGGUGACACCAGCACACCGCUGGGAACUGCCACUGAAGCCAGCCCUUCAACAACUGUGGAAGUAAGGAGCACUGCUGUUCCUGCAACGACAGUAGGGAGCACACUGUCACCUACUGCUCCAGUGAGCAGCAGCCCAGGUAGUACCUCUGCUGAGGGGAGCACACCCACCACCACCCCUGUGGAAACCAGCACACCUGUUCCGACAUCCACGGACGCCAGCUCUUCUCCUUCAACUGCGGAAGGCCCUUCCAGCCCCUUUACUCCAACGACAGAAGGAAGCACUCCACCAGCCACGACUGUGGCCAGUACCACCUGGUUCGCCACUGCCGCGGACAUCAGCACACCAUCCAGCACUGCUGGUGACACCAGCACGCCCGUGGGAUCCACUGCGGAGGCUGGCACCUCUCCAGCUGUGGAAGUAAGCAGCACUAGGUUUCCUCCAACCACAGAAGGGAGCACACUGUCAUCCACUGCUGUCGUCAGCGGCACCCCAGGAAGCCCUUCCACUGAGGUGAGCACACCCUCGGCCACUCCUGUUGAGACUACCACGCCUGUGCGGACCUCCACUGAGGCCAGCUCCUCUCCUUCAACUGUGGAAGGCCCUACGCGCCCUUUUCAUCCAACAACAGGAGAAAUCACUCCAUCUUCCACUCCUCUAGUGAGCACCACCUCCUUUACCACUUCCACAGAUGUCACCACUCCCCACAGCACUCCUGUUGAUACCACCACUGCUGUCGGAACCACUACUGAAGCUAGCACACCUACCACUUUGGAAGUCACAGACACCACUGUUCCUACCACAACGGAGGAGAGCACGCCGUCAUCCAGCGCUCUGGUCAGGAGCACCCCAUCAAUCACUUCCACUGAGGUUGCUGCACACUCAAGCACUCCUGGGGAAACCAGCACGCCUGUGUGGACGUCCCCUGAGGCCAGCUCCUCUCCUCCAGCUCUGGAAGCUACUAUCAGACCUGUCACUCUCACAACAGAAGGAAGCGCUCCCUCAUCCACUACCGUGGCCAGUACCACCUUGUUCACCACUUCCACAGAGCUCAGCACACCAUCCAGCACUCCUGCUGACACCACCACACCCGUGGCAACCAGUACGGAGGCUGACACAUCUACAGCUGUGGAAGUAAGCAGCACCCCUGUUCCUCCAACAACAGAAGAGAGCACACCAUCAUCCACCAGUGGAGCCAGCACCACGUCGCUCAGCAGCACCACACAAGUUAUCCCACCUUCGAGCACUCUGGGUGAUGCCACCACACCUGUGGGAACUACGCUUCCAGCUAGCACAUCUGCAAGUGUGGAAGUAGCAAGCACCACUGUUCCUCCAGCAACAGCGGGGAUCACACUGACAUCUACCGCUCUUGUCAGCAGCAGCCCAGUGAGUAGCCCUGCUGGGGUGACCACACCCUCAGCCACUGCUGUUGGUACCAGCACAGCAGUGUGGACCUCCACUCAGGCCAGCUCCUUUCCGACGUCUGGGGAAGCCACUACCGGUCUGCUUACUCCAACGACAGAAGGAAGCACCCUAUCAUCCACUGCUCUAGUCAGCACACCCUCUUUGACCACUUCCCCAGAGACCCUCACACCCUCCUUCCCUCCUCCGGAUACCACCACGCCUGUGGGAAGCAGUACUGAAGCUAGCACAUCUACCGAGGUGCAAGUAAGCAGCACCCCUGUUCCUGCAACAACAGAAGAGAGCACACCAUCACCCAGUACUGCAGCCGGAACCACCUCGCAGAGCAGCACCACACAAGUUAUCCCACCAUCCAGCCCUCCGCUUGACACGACCACACCUGCGGCAACUACUCUUGGAGCUAGCACAUCUACCACUGUGCAAGCAGCAAGUACGACUCCUCCAGCAGCAACAGAAGUGAGCACACUGCCAUCCACCACCCUACUCGGCAGCACCCCUGUGAGCACUUCUGCUCAGAUGACUACACCCUCCACAAGUCCUGGUGACACCACCACACCUGUGGGAACCGCUACUGAAGCUGGCACAUCUACAAGUGUGCAAGUGAUGAGCACUGCUGUUCCUCCAACUUCAGUGGGGAGCACGCAGCCACCCACCGCUCUAGUGAGCAGUACCCCUGUAAGCACUUCUCCCGACAUCACUACACCCUCUACACGUCCUGGUGACACCAGCACACCGCUGGGAACUGCCACUGAAGCCAGCCCUUCAACAACUGUGGAAGUAAGGAGCACUGCUGUUCCUGCAACGACAGUAGGGAGCACACUGUCACCUACUGCUCCAGUGAGCAGCAGCCCAGGAACUACCUCUGCUGAGGGGAGCACACCCACCACCACCCCUGUGGAAACCAGCACACCUGUUCCGACAUCCACGGACGCCAGCUCUUCUCCUUCAACUGCGGAAGGCCCUUCCAGCCCCUUUACUCCAACGACAGAAGGAAGCACUCCACCAGCCACGACUGUGGCCAGUACCACCUGGUUCGCCACUGCCGCGGACAUCAGCACACCAUCCAGCACUGCUGGUGACACCAGCACGCCCGUGGGAUCCACUGCGGAGGCUGGCACCUCUCCAGCUGUGGAAGUAAGCAGCACUAGGUUUCCUCCAACCACAGAAGGGAGCACACUGUCAUCCACUGCUGUCGUCAGCGGCACCCCAGGAAGCCCUUCCACUGAGGUGAGCUCACCCUCGGCCACUCCUGUUGAGACUACCACGCCUGUGCGGACCUCCACUGAGGCCAGCUCCUCUCCUUCAACUGUGGAAGGCCCUACGCGCCCUUUUCAUCCAACAACAGGAGAAAUCACUCCAUCUUCCACUCCUCUAGUGAGCACCACCUCCUUUACCACUUCCACAGAUGUCACCACUCCCCACAGCACUCCUGUUGAUACCACCACUGCUGUCGGAACCACUACUGAAGCUAGCACACCUACCACUUUGGAAGUCACAGCCACCACUGUUCCUACCACAACGGAGGAGAGCACGCCGUCAUCCAGCGCUCUGGUCAGGAGCACCCCAUCAAUCACUUCCACUGAGGUUGCUGCACCCUCAAGCACUCCUGGGGAAACCAGCACACCUGUGUGGACGUCCCCUGAGGCCAGCUCUUCUCCUCCAGCUCUGGAAGCUACUAUCAGACCUGUCACUCUCACAACAGAAGGAAGCGCUCCCUCAUCCACUACCGUGGCCAGUACCACCUUGUUCACCACUUCCACAGAGCUCAGCACACCAUCCAGCACUCCUGCUGACACCACCACACCCGUGGCAACCAGUACGGAGGCUGACACAUCUACAGCUGUGGAAGUAAGCAGCACCCCUGUUCCUCCAACAACAGAAGAGAGCACACCAUCAUCCACCAGUGGAGCCAGCACCACGUCGCUCAGCAGCACCACACAAGUUAUCCCACCUUCGAGCACUCUGGGUGAUGCCACCACACCUGUGGGAACUACGCUUCCAGCUAGCACAUCUGCAAGUGUGGAAGUAGCAAGCACCACUGUUCCUCCAGCAACAGCGGGGAUCACACUGACAUCUACCGCUCUUGUCAGCAGCAGCCCAGUGAGUAGCCCUGCUGGGGUGACCACACCCUCAGCCACUGCUGUUGGUUCCAGCACAGCAGUGUGGACCUCCACUCAGGCCAGCUCCUUUCCGACGUCUGGGGAAGCCACUACCGAGACCCUCACACCCUCCUUCCCUCCUCCGGAUACCACCACGCCUGUGGGAAGCAGUACUGAAGCUAGCACAUCUACCGAGGUGCAACACAUCUACCACUGUGCAAGCAGCAAGUACGACUCCUCCAGCAGCAACAGAAGUGAGCACACUGCCAUCCACCACCCUACUCGGCAGCACCCCUGUGAGCACUUCUGCUCAGAUGACUACACCCUCCACAAGUCCUGUGGGGAGCACGCAGCCACCCACCGCUCUAGUGAGCAGUACCCCUGUAAGCACUUCUCCCGACAUCACUACACCCUCUACACGUCCUGCACACCUGUUCCGACAUCCACGGACGCCAGCUCUUCUCCUUCAACUGCGGAAGGCCCUUCCAGCCCCUUUACUCCAACGACAGAAGGAAGCACUCCACCAGCCACGACUGUGGCCAGUACCACCUGGUUCGCCACUGCCGCGGACAUCAGCACACCAUCCAGCACUGCUGGUGACACCAGCACGCCCGUGGGAUCCACUGCGGAGGCUGGCACCUCUCCAGCUGUGGAAGUAAGCAGCACUAGGUUUCCUCCAACCACAGAAGGGAGCACACUGUCAUCCACUGCUGUCGUCAGCGGCACCCCAGGAAGCCCUUCCACUGAGGUGAGCACACCCUCGGCCACUCCUGUUGAGACUACCACGCCUGUGCGGACCUCCACUGAGGCCAGCUCCUCUCCUUCAACUGUGGAAGGCCCUACGCGCCCUUUUCAUCCAACAACAGGAGAAAUUACUCCAUCUUCCACUCCUCUAGUGAGCACCACCUCCUUUACCACUUCCACAGAUGUCACCACUCCCCACAGCACUCCUGUUGAUACCACCACUGCUGUCGGAACCACUACUGAAGCUAGCACACCUACCACUUUGGAAGUCACAGACACCACUGUUCCUACCACAACGGAGGAGAGCACGCCGUCAUCCAGCGCUCUGGUCAGGAGCACCCCAUCAAUCACUUCCACUGAGGUUGCUGCACCAUCAAGCACUCCUGGGGAAACCAGCACGCCUGUGUGGACGUCCCCUGAGGCCAGCUCCUCUCCUCCAGCUCUGGAAGCUACUAUCAGACCUGUCACUCUCACAACAGAAGGAAGCGCUCCCUCAUCCACUACCGUGGCCAGUACCACCUUGUUCACCACUUCCACAGAGCUCAGCACACCAUCCAGCACUCCUGCUGACACCACCACACCCGUGGCAACCAGUACGGAGGCUGACACAUCUACAGCUGUGGAAGUAAGCAGCACCCCUGUUCCUCCAACAACAGAAGAGAGCACACCAUCAUCCACCAGUGGAGCCAGCACCACGUCGCUCAGCAGCACCACACAAGUUAUCCCACCUUCGAGCACUCUGGGUGAUGCCACCACACCUGUGGGAACUACGCUUCCAGCUAGCACAUCUGCAAGUGUGGAAGUAGCAAGCACCACUGUUCCUCCAGCAACAGCGGGGAUCACACUGACAUCUACCGCUCUUGUCAGCAGCAGCCCAGUGAGUAGCUCUGCUGGGGUGACCACACCCUCAGCCACUGCUGUUGGUACCAGCACAGCAGUGUGGACCUCCACUCAGGCCAGCUCCUUUCCGACGUCUGGGGAAGCCACUACCGGUCUGCUUACUCCAACGACAGAAGGAAGCACCCUAUCAUCCACUGCUCUAGUCAGCACACCCUCUUUGACCACUUCCCCAGAGACCCUCACACCCUCCUUCCCUCCUCCGGAUACCACCACGCCUGUGGGAAGCAGUACUGAAGCUAGCACAUCUACCGCGGUGCAAGUAAGCAGCACCCCUGUUCCUACAACAACAGAAGAGAGCACACCAUCAGCCAGUACUGCAGCCGGAACCACCUCGCAGAGCAGCACCACACAAGUUAUCCCACCAUCCAGCCCUCCGCUUGACACGACCACACCUGCGGCAACUACUCUUGGAGCUAGCACAUCUACCACUGUGCAAGCAGCAAGUACGACUCCUCCAGCAGCAACAGAAGUGAGCACACUGCCAUCCACCACCCUACUCGGCAGCACCCCUGUGAGCACUUCUGCUCAGAUGACUACACCCUCCACAAGUCCUGGUGACACCACCACACCUGUGGGAACCGCUACUGAAGCUGGCACAUCUACAAGUGUGCAAGUGAUGAGCACUGCUGUUCCUCCAACUUCAGUGGGGAGCACGCAGCCACCCACCGCUCUAGUGAGCAGUACCCCUGUAAGCACUUCUCCCGACAUCACUACACCCUCUACACGUCCUGGUGACACCAGCACACCGCUGGGAACUGCCACUGAAGCCAGCCCUUCAACAACUGUGGAAGUAAGGAGCACUGCUGUUCCUGCAACGACAGUAGGGAGCACACUGUCACCUACUGCUCCAGUGAGCAGCAGCCCAGGAACUACCUCUGCUGAGGGGAGCACACCCACCACCACCCCUGUGGAAACCAGCACACCUGUUCCGACAUCCACGGACGCCAGCUCUUCUCCUUCAACUGCGGAAGGCCCUUCCAGCCCCUUUACUCCAACGACAGAAGGAAGCACUCCACCAGCCACGACUGUGGCCAGUACCACCUGGUUCGCCACUGCCGCGGACAUCAGCACACCAUCCAGCACUGCUGGUGACACCAGCACGCCCGUGGGAUCCACUGCGGAGGCUGGCACCUCUCCAGCUGUGGAAGUAAGCAGCACUAGGUUUCCUCCAACCACAGAAGGGAGCACACUGUCAUCCACUGCUGUCGUCAGCGGCACCCCAGGAAGCCCUUCCACUGAGGUGAGCACACCCUCCGCCACUCCUGUUGAGACUACCACGCCUGUGCGGACCUCCACUGAGGCCAGCUCCUCUCCUUCAACUGUGGAAGCUUCAGAAGGCACUACCACAGCUUUUACUGCAACAGCAGAAGGAAACAUUCUGUCAUCACCUAGUCUUACCAGUAGCUCUUCCAUUAACUCUUCCCCUGAGACCAGGACAUCAUCACCUACUCCUGUUGCUACCACAACACCUGUGGGAACUACUGUGGAAGCUAGCUCAUCUUCUACUUUGGAAUGUAGUCAGCAGCACCCCAGUAACCACAUCUGCUGA